AUGUCGCAACUGAGAUAUGUAUUAUGUCCUCGCCAUUUGAAGGACAAUCAAUUCUGGACAAUUUACUUUGCACUUGCCAGGAGCCAUCUUGCCCCAAAAGCACUUUCCUCUAAGGUUGAUAGGAACAAACAGUUUAAUUUGACAAUAUGUUUAAUGCAAAUGAACAAGAUUCCAGAAGCAAGGUUUCUAAUUCAUGCAGUAACUGCAUCAACGAAAAACAGAAAAAUGGACGAUUCUUUCGUCAAGUCUUAUGAACGCGCUACACAAAUGCUGCCAGAGAUGAAAUCAACUUCUAUUAUGGAAUUCUGUAAUAUUUUCAUCAUGUUUUCAACUAUAGAACAAGUAUAUAUAGAUUUAGUUGGUAGACAGGGUGAAUCUUGA